GGGGGAGGAGGAGGAGGGAGGCACGUUGACAGAAGCAGAAGUAUUUUGGUUCACUCUCCCUCGCCUCUCCCUCUCACCAGGCCGCCAUCUUUACUCUCCCAGUCCAGAUCUCAAGGCUCGUAGGAAUGACCCCCAUCGACUACCUCUCAAAGUACAUGAGGUUGAGAACUUCGAGAAGGCAACUUUACUCCAGAGUCUUCGUGAGGCACAGAGACUUGGAGAGUAUAAGAGUGGAAAGGAUGUUAGUGGGGGACUUCAGAGCCGCCCUUGGAGACGCCCUCGGAGGCUCUUUGGACGAGGCUCAGCUGCAACGCCUCACGGACCUCCUACCGCUGCCUGAAGAAGCGAUGGACAAGGAGUUUUUUGUCCUCGUCGCCGCCUUUGCUGAGAGGUUCUUCUGUUAUGAGCUCCUGGCGGCUCCUGACGUGGAGGUGGAGCCGCGGGACUUAGUGGAGCAGCUGGACUUCCGGCAGCUGACGGAGAGGCUGGAGGGCGUCACGCUCGACCAGCGCCUGCACCGCCUCCUGCUCACCGUCAGGGACCUGGGGUAGUCCUCGUCCACACCCCUGCUGCCUUAAAAGUGCUGCUAAGAGUCCUUCGAAGUCCUACCGUCCUCAGCCGCGCCCUUACAAGAGUUCUUCAAAGUCCUACUAUCCUCUUCCAGGCUCCUGUAUCCUAGAUUUCCUGCCAAAAGUCCUUCAAAGUCCUACCGUCUUCAGUCACGCCCUCAGUACUCUAGCAUUCCUAUAAUAAGAGUCCUUAAGUCCUACUGUCCUUAGCUGCGCCCGUGGUGCCCUAGGAAAUCCUACCAAGAAUUCAUCAAAAUUCUACACUCCUACACGCCCUUAGUAUCUUAGAAAUCCUACUACAAGUCAUUAAUCUUUCUACAAGAAUCCUUCGAAGUCCCACCAUUCUCAGCUAUACCCCUGGUACCCUAAGUGGCCAUGAACCCGCUGGGUUCAUGGCCACUUAGUGCCUCCCCUCGCGGGAAGGCACUUUAGCCGAGGGACUAAUCAAGGUCCCUCGUUACCAGCGGGUGCCACGAGGAGGCUUCCCCUGUGAAGUCCUACUGUCUUCAGCCAUGCCCCUGGUACCCUAGGAGUCUUGCCAUGAGUCCUUUGAAGUCCUGUUGUCCUUACCCACGUCCUCUGUACUUUAGGAUUCCUGCUACAAGAGUCCUAAGAUGUUCUACCGUCCGCAGCCACGCCUUUAGUGCCCUAGGAGUCCUGCUACCUUGGGGAUCCUACCAAGAGUCCUACAAUGUCCUACCCCCACCACCUAAGCCCCUAGUACUAGGAUCCUUACUACCAAGAGUCCUUCGAAAUCCUACUAUCCUCAGCCAUGCCCCUGGUAUCCUAGGAGUCCUACCCCGAGUCCUUCGAAGUUCUACUGUCCUCACCCACGCCCUCCAGCUUACCAGUCCUUGGACACGCCCUUAGAAUCCUGGAAAUCCUACCACAAGAGUCCUUCAAUGUACUACUGUCUUCAGCCACGCAUCUGGUAUCCUGUCAGUUCUAUUCCGAGUCCUUCGAAGUCCUACUGUCCUCGGCCACGCCCCUAGCAUCUUGAAAAUCCUAUCACGAGAGUCUUUCAAUGUCCUAGAGUCCUCAUCUAAGCCAUUCCUAUAUUGGAAAUUCUAAAAGAGUCCUUCGAAGUCCUACCGUUGUUAACCACGCCCCUGGGAGUCCUAUCACAAAAGUCCCUCACCCGCCUCUCUCUCUCUCCUCUCACCUGCCUCUCCCUUCCUCCUUUCACCUGUUUCCCUCUCCCUUCUUCCUCUCAACUUCCUGUCUGUCAUUAUCUCCCUCUCUCCCUAUCUCCCCUCUCCCUCUUCCUCUUACUUUUCUCCUUCUUCCUCCUCUCACGUGUCUCUCUUUUCCUUCUCUCUCCCUUCCUCCUCCUCUCACCUGUCAAAUUCUCCCUUUUUCCUCCUCUGUCUCUCUUUCUUUUUCCUCUCAUCUGCCUGUCCCUUCCUUCUCCCACCUGUCUCCCUCUCCCUCCCUCCUCUUACCUGCCUGUCUACCUACCUGCCUCUCACCUGUUAAUUGUAAGGGCAAACUUUUUACCUUUCAUUGUUUGCUAAGUUUGUGAACUGUGUCUGGAAAGAGUUAAAAGAAAAAAAGUCAGAGAGAAAGAAGUACAAUAAUAGCGUUGAAGAGAAAGAUAUAUAUGAAAAAAAAAACAUUGAAAAGAAAAGAAAAAAGUGACAGAAAAAAAAUAGAAUAAAGGAGAAAGAAAAAUAUAGCGUUGAACAAAAAAAAAAUGGAGAUAAAUAAAAAUAGAUGAAUGAUGGCAAUAUAUGUGUGAUGGAAAUAAAUAAAUAAUUGAGUGCAGAGAUGAAUGAAUAAUUGAUGAAGAGAUGAAUGAAUGAUGAGAAUAAAUGAAUAAUUUGAGUAAAUGAAUAAUAUAAAUAAAUAAAUGAUGAAAAGAU